AAUCGAGAAAAUAAUUGAAAAGUAUCAUGUUUGUGUUAACAACAGCCAUGCGCAGAGAGAGAUGCGCGACAGAGAUUUGGCGUGCGGUGGGGAGAAAAUGUGUUAAAAGUUCCAGCGAACGCCGGAGACUGAGGCACCGGUCCCAGAUCCCAGUUCGCGCUCACUCUCUCCCGCGUUCAACACAGCCCGGCUCAGCUCACCACAUCCACUAGCCAAACUACCCCUUUUUUCUAAGGGAUGCUACAAUAAAAAGCCCUCACAGUUCAUCCCCUCUCACUCUAAACUCAACACACAUGUGCGGUGGUUUUUCUCUUUAGGGUUCUACUAGUAUCCGUCUCGAAAGCCCUUCCCGCAACAUGAAACUUUAAUAAAAAAACAAUCUACGAUUGAGACCUUCCGAGUGUUGUUAUGUUCAGUUCACACACCACUUCCGAGUAGCAUGCACUUCUGACAGCGAAGAUGCCGUGGCUUUUAUGGCUAACGUGGGUUUGUGGGGGCUUCGCAGCUGCGGUGCUAGCAGCUGGAAGGAGUCUGUCGGCAGCUGAGCAGCUUCAGCUGCAUUCACUCAUCAGUAUGGCGUCAAACGCCUCACUCAGGGAGAGGGCAGAACGAGUGCCGCCUCCACCUCCACCGCCCCCGCGCACUUUGCCUCCCCUCUCACUCCGCCCCCGCGCCGCCACCCACUACAAGUUAAACGCCAACAAGGAGGAUACAUUCCACGACAGCAUACCAAUUUUACACGAGGACCAUCAGAUCACCUCUUAUCUGCAUCACGGUGAAUCCAAGAGGUACUUUUUUCUGCUACAGAGGCCAUCCACCACACUGACGAUUAUUAUUACUCCAUGCAACACACCAAUCAAAUGGGCACUGCGCCAUCGAUACGAAAACGAGACUGGCAUAUUGACGGGGAACAACGAGAACGCACCGAUACGAGAAUCGGGGAACCUGGUGGGACAGGGGGGGCUGGUGCCCCAAAUGACGAGUGUGUCGCCGGCACAUAACGGCCUCUACAUGCUACAGGUAACUGCGCCCCCCCACUCCAGCGCACACUUCACCAUUUUCGCCACCCUCCAGCAGAGCGCGCUGCUCCCCCUCAACUCGCACAAGCAGAUCAAAAUUCGACUGCAGAAGCGACAAGUCGACAAAAAGCUAACUGUCAGAUGGGAACAGAGCCCAUACGAUCCGUAUCUGAUGAACUACUGUGUUACUGUGAGCACCAAAAGGCACUACAACAGUUUGUGUGAAGCAAUUUCCGAAUCUGAGCAGAACACAUACUACUCAAGGGAGCCACAGUAUCACUCACAUCAUUACACUCCUCAUGUCAGGGUGGCCUGUGUGAAAAGAAAAACAAGUUACACAGUUAGUAACAUGGAACGAGGCAAAAUGUAUUAUUUCAACGUGUUUGCCAUAAAUAAAAAGACAAACUUGACGUUUCCGUUCGGGAAUGCUUCGCUGCUCUACGAUGGGAGGAACAAAGCUCUCGGUCUGCGAGACAACCGUCCGGUGACCGUUUCACUCAGACACCUCGAUGGAAAGGCUAUCUUUAGAUACAAGGUAGGCAAGACUGCAAAGCCCGGCUCAACGCUAGAGUGGCACGUGUUGCCGUGCGGGGGUUCAGUGGAAGCCGAAAUACGGUUUCAGAAGAAAAUAAUCGUGCCUCGGCAGCGGAUCGACGGCUAUGGCCGCUUGAAAGUGGACGACCCCGAGGUCGGCCAGCGCUACUCCAUGUACGUCAUGUCCAGAGAUCCCGAACAGCUCAGGCGAGUUUCUGGAGUCGAGGUGCUGGCCACGAUGCACGCGACAAGUCUGCCACUACUGCCGGAGCAGUCGCGCAUCAUGGAAUACGUGGGGCUGCGCGAGUGCGACAGUGUGACAGUGGGCUGGCUGCCUGUGCCGGAGCCCAGCGACUCGGCGCACUACUGCGUGCGCGCCACACACCUACCCCCUCUCACCCCCAACCACCCAGUGCGCGCCAACCUCCACCGUCGCGCCAACCAGUGCGGUCUCGACCUCAGGCUGCGAUCGGCAACCGACUUCGCCGUCACUCAGUGCCUCGACAACUCGCCAAACGAUCCACUGUCUGUGAUAACGCAAAAGAUCGCCCAUCUAAAGCCUGGCCAUGAAUACCUCAUCCAAGUGACAGUGAAAAAAGCGCAGGGAAAAUCUCUGUCGUACGACCUUCUCAAAGUGCAAACAAAGCCCCGCUGUUCGUAGCAUCAGCAACUCCACCAACCUCACAAUUACCUCAAAUCGUUGAUUGUCAGCAUAGCCAACUGAAUCAUCAUCGAAGCUGAAUCAAAAUCAAAACUGUGCUCAAAUUCAGUGAUCUACGAUAGUUCCAUUUCCAAGAACAGUGAUUUUAUCGGAGUAACAGAAGUUUAUUCUAGUACAACUGUAAGAAACGUUUUGUAGAAACACCUGAAAAUAUUUUGUAAAUUAUCAUUUGGAAUAUUAAAACUGUUUUUAUAAAAAUUCCUUAAA